AUGGGAGUCAAGCAGAACCCCCCCGAAGCCACAGUCCUGCCCGUGCCGGGGGCGCCGGGCGAGAACCUGCGCCGGCUGCAGCUGCGGAAGGGGCUGCUGAAGGCCGAGGGGCAGCUGGCGGGCUGGGGCCUGGCCCUGGCGCUCGGGGGGAUCCUGCUCAUGGUGCUGCACACGGAGCUGGCCUGGUUCGGGGGCUGCAAGUGGUUUGCGUAUCUGUUCCUGGUGAAAUGCCUCCUCUCGCUCUCCACCGCCACCCUGCUGGCCGUCAUCCUCGCCUUCCACAUCAAGGAGAUCCAGCUCUUCAUGCUGGACAACUCGCUCCAGGACUGGCGCAUCGCGGUGAGCGGCCCCAAACUGGGCCUCAUCCUGCUGGAGCUGCUGGUCUGCGCCCUGCACCCCUUCCCCAUGGGGGGCUCCCCCUGCCUGGCCCCCGAGCUGGGCCCCCCGACGUCCUUCCUCCCGGGGGCCGAGACGCUGCUGUCGCUGCUGAUGUUCCUGCGGCUGUACCUGGUCCCGCGGGCCGCGCUGUUGCAGAGCCACGUGCUGGGGGACGCCUCGUACCGCACCAUCGGCUCCCUCAACCAGAUCCGCUUCCGGUACCCCUUCGUCCUGCGCCUGCUGGUCAACGGCCAGCCCGGCCGCGUGCUAGUGGUGCUCACCCUGGGGAUCUGGCUCACCGCCUCCUGGGUGCUGUCCGUCUGCGAGAGGGAGAACGGAGCAGGGCACCUGGAGGGGACGCUCUGGCUGAUCCCCAUCACCUUCCUCACCAUCGGCUACGGGGAUGUGGUGCCAGUGACGGUGUGCGGCCGGCUGGUCUGUCUGUGUACCGGCAUCAUGGGCGUUGGCUGCACGGCGCUGCUGGUGGCAGUGGCAGCCGACAAACUGGAGUUCAACCGGGCGGAGAAACAUGUUCACAACUUCAUGAUGGACAUACAGUGCACCAAAGAGAUGAGGAACUCGGCAGCGAACGUCCUACAGGCGGCUUGGCUCUUCCACAGACACAGCAAGGCCAGGGCCGGGCGCCGGGUCCGGACGCAUCACAGGCGCUUGCUGGCGGCCAUCCACAGGUUCCGGGAGGUCCGGAUUCGGCACCGGAAGCUCCGAGACCAGGUUAACGCCCUGGUGGACAUGUCGAAGGUGCAGACGAUUCUCUGCGACCUCAGCACUGGGCUCAGCACCUCCCAGCGGGGCCUGGAGAAGCGAAUCGACGUCCUGGACCAGAAGCUGGACGCGCUGACGCGGCUGGUGACGGCCACCCUGGAGGCCAAACAACCGCAGGAGCCGUGGCUGCUACAGCCCCAGGACAGCCAGACAGGCCGGUGA